CGGUGGCGUCACAGAGGAGCGGCCCAGCGCCCUUGGCUACCGGCCCUUUGUCCCCCGGGCGCGGCGCUCGGUGGGCACAGGUGCGGCCGCAGACAGGGGGGCAUGGGCCGCGCAGCCGCCGGCUCCCCGGGUCGUCGCAGGCAGCGGCGCCGGUUGCUGGCCGGGCGGCGGCGCCGAGCCUCCCGGGGGCGGCGGCACCGCCGAGCCCCCCGGAGGCGGAGGGUUCGAGCGUGCUGUCGCAGGAGGGCGCGCCCCCGGCUUCCGCCGACUACCAAGAGCCCUGGGCAGUGCGCGUCCCGCGACGACUGGCGCUGUGCUCGCUCCAUGCACGAAUUCUCAGCUAAGGACAUCGAUGGGCGCAUGGUUAACCUGGACAAGUACCGGGGCUACGUGUGCAUCGUCACCAAUGUGGCCUCGCAAUGAGGCAAGACAGAGGUAAACUACACUCAGCUGGUCGACCUGCACGCCCGAUUCGCUGAGCGUGGUUUACGGAUCCUGGCCUUCCCUUGCAACCAGUUUGGGAAGCAGGAGCCAGGGAGUAACGCCGAGAUCAAAGAGUUCGCUGCCGGCUAUAACGUCAAAUUCGACAUGUUCAGCAAGAUCUGUGUGAAUGGGGAUGAUGCCCACCCACUGUGGAAGUGGAUGAAAGUCCAGCCCAAGGGGAGGGGCAUGCUGGGAAAUGCCAUCAAAUGGAACUUCACCAAGUUCCUCAUUGACAAGAACGGCUGUGUGGUGAAGCGGUACGGUCCCAUGGAAGAGCCCCUGGUGAUAGAGAAGGAUCUGCCGUGCUACCUCUAGCUCCACAAGUGUGCUCCCCCAACCCGAGCCUGCCGCCUGUGCCCCUCGGAGCCUUCCACCCGGCGUCCAUGAUGGUCUGCCUGAAAACCAGCCCCUGGUGGGGCAGACCUGAGAACCUGGCGUGCAACCCUGCCGGAGGAAGGUCCCUCGGCCCGGCUAACGGCUCGGCAACCCCACCCCCUGCUGCCUUGUGGGAAUAAAACACAAUACAAAUUGA